ACCAAAAAUUCAUUUGAAUGAUUGAAUUUUUUUCUCUCGCUUGUUAUGUUUAUAUUUCUCUUUGUGAUUAAUUGUAAUCAUGGAACCGGUUAAUUAGUGACCAAUUUUAAUAGCCGAUCAAGUGUCUUUCUAAUUGUGUUAAAAUUAAUCUGGUAAAUGUUAUAGUGGAUGAGUAAUGUGAGCACUUUAUUGGUGUUGGUUACAAGAGAAACAACUGAACUGAAUUGAAUUUCCAAAGGAAUAGAAUAAAUUUCAAUUUGAAUAAUUGUAAUUACAUUGGAAUUUUCUUCAAUUUUGAUGGCUUUCAAUCCUCAACGAUUACCCCCUCCACCUCCACCUCCACCGCCACAUGCUCCAUUUCAAUUGAUUCGUCGGCGAGAUGCUUACCUACAGAUCACAAGGCCUUCCUUUAUUACUCUUCCCAUUCAACAUGCUCCAGAAGAAUCAUCAACUUUAAUUUGGAAACUUUUGUCUGAAUCAAAUGCAUUAACCCGUUACGAUGAUCCUGAUUACUAUUUAUUUUCACGUUAUAAUCAAACAAUUUCCAUCACCCAAGAAGGACCAACAUGUGGACUAGUUGCCUUAAUGAUGGCAUUGGAUUGUCUUGGAAUGUCAAUACCAGAUUUAAGUCAAAUUUUACCAAGAGCUAAACAAUUGGGCUAUACAAAUCAUGGAGAAAUGUACUCAGCUCUUAAUCUUAGCCAACUUGUCGGUUAUUUGGUACCCAAUGUUCAAGGAAUUCAUGUUAACAAUUUAUCUGGACGAAAAUCUCAAUUCAUUGAACAUUUAUCUUCAGGAUGGCCAAUCUUAAUUCCUUACGAUUCUGAUCGUAAUCAUUAUCCAUGUCAGGCUAAUGGUUAUCAUGCUCAUUGGGCUGUUAUUCUUGGCUAUUGUAUUGGAAUGAAAAAGCCUAAAGAGAUGAAUAUUGAUAAAAUAUUAUCUCUCUGGGAAAAAGAUUCUUCUCACCCUAAUUUGUAUCACUUAAAUUCACCUGAUGAUGCUUAUUUAUUGCGAGAUUUUUUUAACACUCUGUUAAACAAUUCAUCGCAAUUAUUUCUCUAUGCUAAACAGGGUAAAAGUAUCAAGGUUCGUCUAUUUGACUUUGAUCAACUUCUCAAAAGUAAUCAUAAUCUCCACUCAACUGCUCCUUAUUCAACUCGAGAUUUACUAAUUCCAGAAGGUGGAGUUCGAGCUGGAUUAAGUGAUCAAGCCAUUUUAAUUAAACCAAAAAAUGUUUGAUCUCAUCUCAUUUUCAUACCAACUAACAAUUAACAAUUAACAACGACAACGACAACAAUUAACGUUAAACUAACUACUACUACUACUACAACUAAAUCAACUCAUGUUUAAUAUUCCAUUAAUCAAUGAACGAGUUCAUUUUUGAAUAAAAAUAAUUUAAAUCACAGAAAAAAAAACUUUUUCAUCGAAAACAAAAAAUUCAAUCAAAAAAACAAAAACAAUUGAAAAAAUUGAGAAAAGAAAAAAAAUGAUUAGUUGAAUUACCGAACGUUAGAUGUCACCAAAAAGCGAAUUUUUUUUCUCUCUAUUUCGGUUCAUAUGAAUGUGAGAAAUUAAAUUUUUAUUUCUUCUCGUUGGUAUUUUAUAUUCUUGUGAUUAAUUGUAAUUAUGAAACCGGUUAAUUAGUGUCCACCUUUAAUUACCAAUUAAGUGUCUUUCUAAUUGUGUUAAAGUUAACCUGAUAAAAUGAAAUAGUUGAUAAGUGAUGCGAGUAUUUUAUUUGGUUACAAAAGAAACAACAACAACAACAACAAGAAUCAAAAUAUCAAGAAAAAAAGAUUGAUGAAAAUAUUAAUCAUCUAAUUAAUGUGAUUACAAUUAAAGGAGAAAAA